GCUACAUCUGAAGCCUCCAUCUAUCAGGUUAGUCCAGAUUGUUGCCAUACAUGUGAGCCUACGUCCCCCAAACACAUUUGGUCUUUGGCAGGAACCACCAAACUGGUUUUUAUUUCGUCUCCUUCUUCACGGCUUGAACAGAUCUCCACGUCCAGGUUCUUGUGUAGUCCGGCCCAGACCGUCUCUCCGAGAAGAUGAAUUGGGGGGCCUUACAGGCCCUUCUCACGGGGGUCAACAAGUACUCCACGGUGUUUGGCCGCGUCUGGCUGUCGAUGGUCUUCGUCUUCAGGGUCCUAGUGUUCGUGGUGGCCGCCCAGCGCGUGUGGGGCGACGAGAACAAGGACUUUGUGUGCAACACGCUCCAGCCAGGCUGCUCCAACGUCUGCUACGACCACUACUUCCCCAUCUCCCACAUCCGCCUGUGGGCCCUGCAGCUCAUCUUCGUCACCUGCCCGUCUCUGCUGGUGGUGGGCCACGUCAAGUGGCGCGAGCAGAAGGACCUCAAGUACACCACCAGCCACAAGGGGGCGCACCUGUACGCGCACCCGGGGAAGAAGCGCGGCGGGCUGUGGUGGACGUACCUGCUGAGCCUGGUGCUGAAGUGCGGCUUUGACGUGGGCUUCCUCUACGUCCUCUACCACAUCUACGACGGCUACGACAUGCCCAAACUCGCCCAGUGCAAGCUGGCGCCGUGUCCCAACGUGGUGGACUGCUACAUCUCUCGCCCCACCGAGAAGAAGAUCUUCACGCUCUUCAUGGUGGUGUCGGCGUGCAUCUGCGUCGUCAUGUGCAUCUGCGAGAUGGUCUACCUGAUCUGCAAGAGGAUCCAAAAAUUAAUCUCAAAGAACAGGAAGAACCGUCAGGACUUGUUCGCUGACAGCCAUGAGCUCGGCGAGCUGGCGCCACCCAGAACCACUCGGUACAAGCGGGUCGACCCGACUUCCUCCAGGCCCCCUUCCCGAGGCCCGUCCAGAGCUCCGUCCAGGGCUCCGUCCAGAACCUCCGUCCACAACCUCCACAACGCCAAGCAGGAGGAGGCCGCCGCCUCAGCAGAGAAAGGGAAGAGCUAAACCGCAUGGCAGCUGGCAUAAGGGUGGAUCUGGCCGGGACUGUACCCACAUUCCGUCCGGAUACGGGCCGGUUCCGGGCCAGCUCAGAUCCAUCCCAGAGACAGCGGAUUUCUGGAUCGGACAGGUGGUCCUUGUGUUUGUUUGGCUCUCUGUCUCAAUCCUGCACUUUAAUUGGCCAUGAGAAGACUUUUUAUUUGACUGGAGUUGACCCUCACCUCUACUGAAGGGAUGAUGAAACAGGUUUCUCCGUUAAGUGGAGGUCCCUGGUUUCGCCAUAUGUUCUCCUAACCCCAAAUCAUAAUCUACAACAAACACACACACACACACACACACACACACACAAUCACUGUAAACAAAAUCAGCAAUACUGAAUGAUGAGACCAAUUAAAGUUCUUGACUGACACACGGACUGUGAUAUGAAGGUGCCACGAACAACAGUGUGAUAUGAUUUCUCUCAGGACAACAAAUGCCUCAGGCUGGACUUUUUUCCCCCUUCAUUUUAUCAUAUUUAAAAGAACAUGCUUUGCAGGAGAAAGGCUGGACAGCUGUGGAAUGGCUGGAAUGCACUGACUAGAUAAGCCUCAAUAACGCACACAGAACGGAAAAAGGGUGAUCUUGAGUCAUCUGUAAGUUGUGUAUGCAGAUCUUUUGCUCACUGUACUUGGAUAUUCCACCCACAGAUACCAAUUAUCAACAAAAUCUGUUGACUAUACAGUUUAUAACUAAGGUUAGGAUUUGGAUUUGAUGAAGGUGAUGUUUAGCAGUUGUUCAACAAUAAUUGUGUGUACUAAACUUGAAUCUUAACAAAUGAUCCGGGCGGACAAUCCAAGUUAAGUGUUUUGCCCCCCCCCCCCCCCCCCCCCCCAACUAAUUUGUUUAUGAAUUCAUGAAUGUUUUAAGAGUCUUUUUUUUUGUUUUCUUUACAUCUGAAGGGAUUUUUUAAUAUGAAGAAGAUUAAUGUUGCCCUCUAGCGAUAAAAAUGAUAAAACAAAAGUUGCCUUUGCUUUACUAAGUUACAUAAGGUAAUUAUUAUUUUUUUAUAUAACAAGUCUACAUAUGCACCUUCUAUUUCUGUAUAAAUAUACAUUUUGUA